GAUUAAACGGCGCCUUCUUCUUUUUCUUCUAGUGCGUGCGACUCUUCCCGUCUCUCCCUCGAGUCUCGCAAGUCCUCCAAACCGCGGCACACCUUCCCGUCUCUUCCUCCCGUCUCGCAAGUGGCCGAACUCAGAAGCAGUCAAGCAGUAUGGAAGAAUCUCCAGAUUUAGAAGGGGAAGAUGGCCCAAAUUCUAAUGAUCCCGGAUGGAAGUAUGCUCUGAGGGUCUCAAAACUUUAAUGUUUCCAGUGAGGGGAGCCCACCUCUUGUCUCAGCUAUCAAUGGCGCAGGCAGUACAGCAGACUACAAAUCCCUCCCGCUUCUUACUCUACUCCUCCAUUUCCAGAAUUUCAUUUAAACUCUCCAAAUCCAAAUAUUCCUCCUUUUGCAUUCGCACUCUUUGCUCUUCAUCUGAUGACCAUCAGGAGAACACGCGGGUUGAGUUGUCCAAGUACACAGAGACCUUUGCCAAGCGCAUGGCAAUGGCUGGCCUCAAACCUCAUCACCGUAUUGCUUUGGGUGUUUCUGGUGGUCCCGAUAGCAUGGCCUUGUGUGUUUUAGCAGCGUCUUGGAAAACAAACAAUCAAGGUAAUGGUCUUAUCACUAAUGAGAAAACCCAGUACAUUGAUGGACUUUUGGCUAUAGUAGUGGACCAUGGAUUACGAGCUGAGAGUAAAGGCGAGGCCAACCUUGUUCAGGGCCGAGUCACCGAUAUGGGUAUUAAAUGUGAGAUUGCUCAUUGCGAAUGGUUGGAGGGUAGACCGAAACAGGGCCAUGUUCAAGAAGAGGCUCGUAAUAAAAGGUAUGAAAUUCUACAAAGUGUUUGUAUCCAGCAUCAGACGAGUGUCUUAUUAAUUGCACAUCAUGCUGAUGACCAGGCAGAGCUAUUCAUUUUGAGAUUAUCUCGGAAUAGCGGUGUGCUUGGGCUCUCUGGCAUGCCGUUUGUAUCAGAAUUGUACUGUGCGCAUACAAAUCUGGAACCUUCCCAACAUCAUAAAACCUUACUCGUUAGACCGCUCUUGGAGUUUUCAAAAGAAGAUAUGCGGAAGAUAUGUAGAGCAGCCAACCAAAGAUGGGUGGAAGAUCCUACUAAUGAAAGUCAGCUAUUUGCUCGUAACAGAAUUCGAUUGGCAUUGGCCAGCUUGUCAUCAUCUGCCUUCAAAGCUGAAUUACAAGCAGUUAUAACAACUUGUCAGAGAACAAGGAUGCAUGUUGAUAGAAUUUGUUCCAAUCUAAUUCAUAAUGUUGUGAUCAUCAUGCAUCUAGGUUAUGCGGUGGUUGAUCUAGGUCUUCUAAAUCCCUUGGAAGUUGAGGACAUAAUCCUUUCAAAGUUCAUUUCCUUGGUCCUGCAGUUUGUUUCCCAAAGAAGAAGACAUAUCCGGGGAAGUGUUUUAAGGUUGAUUCUUGACUACAUUCGUAUUUCUCCAUGCAAGACCUGUCUUACGGCAGCUGGUUGUUACCUAUGUCCAGCUCCUGGUUCCAAAGGCACCAAAAUGCUUCUUUGCUGCUUACCCAAUGAAAAUCUCUCUUUGAAGACGGGAUUAUCAGAUAUGUUUCUUAACAACGUAUUGAAGUGCUCAAAAGGUGAUGUAGAGCAAAUAAUAACAGAAGCAAAAGUAUAUGCAGAUCAAUUUUUUCUGGAUGGAUUGCGACUGAACUUCUUAGAUUUAAAAUCUUCAGAGUCUGUUCUAGUUGAAGCCAGAAGGCGAGGCAUUCUCAGUGAGUCUACCUAUCAGAGUAUUGUUUCUUUGCAGGAAAAUGAGAGUGAAAUUUUCAGGUCUCAACCCAAUAAAAUCUCUUGUUUAGAGUUAGAAAUUGAAGAACCUGCCAAUUAUAUUCCAAGCAGAGUGCUUUACCAGGAUGACUUGGGUUACUUCAUGAACAGAUUCUUGGUAAAAUGGAAUAUCAGGAAGAAAGCAUAUUGUAACUUAUAUACCAUUAAAGAUACAGAUGCUAGUGAAAAAAAUGUUGGUGAAAGAUGGAACUCUUGCAGUUUGUGUGUCAUUGGACUUAAUAUGGUAGCUGAGGUGCGCCACAUGAUAGAUGCUGACUGGUUGUACCUUGCACAGCUAGCAAGUUCUCAGAGCAAACCAUUACUGUUUGCUUCAGAUGCGGACAGAACUCUGGGAAUCUCAUGCACUGAUUAUGCGAAAGAAUCAGCUCAAAGGGCCCUCUCCACAUUGAAGUCUAUUCCAGUCGCUGCAAGAAGAACUCUACCUGUCCUGGUUAACAGUAAUGGGUUACUACUAAGCAUCCCGAAUAUUGAUUUCCAGCACUGUCCCUGCUUCGUGGUGACUGCCAUAUUCAAGCCGAUAGUUCCGCUUGGCGGUGGUUACAGUUCAUUUCUGUAGUUAUUUACUUUUAUUCAAUUUAUUAAUUUACGCGGUGUCUGUUAGCAUGUACUUGUCGCUGAUGUUUUAGUUCAAAACUCAGAAGCUUUUUUUGGACUGUUAGAUUCCAAUCUUGAAGAAACAUCUUCAUGCUUAAUUGAUGUACACAUUAAUACAUCAGAGAACCAUAU